AUGCCAUCACGCCACCUGCUGGCCACUAGACAUAACAUGAGUUGUCCCGGUGCUGGUUUGAAGUGCGAGAGUGACUUUCAGAGGCCCACAUGGAAAUUUCCUAAACCCUCAUCAGUGAGACCUGGACCCCUUGGUUGCAGCAGGGCAGGAAGUGUGUUCUGCUUGCAGAGGAAGAAGAGGAGGAGGGUGGAAGUGGUUAUUACUCAGUGUGAGGUGAUUUUGGAGGCAGACAGGCCUUCACUCAAGGUGCAGGUGUCCCACCGAGCCACGCUUCUGUGCUGCUACAAAACCAAUGGCAUAUCAAAACACUGCGUGUGGACCAAAACUGUUCAAAACGGCACCAGAACCAAAGCUCCAACCUUCGUGAGCAAUUCAGACCGAGUAGUGGUAAACAACAUAGACAAAGACGGAGAAAAAGUCUGUAGCAACCUAACGUUUACAUCGGUUACAGUGUAUGACCGUGGGCUGUACCGGUGUUGGAUCAAUGCCAGUCGCGUCUUCACACAUGGCACCUACCUGCGGGUGUACCAGCCACUGCAGAAGAUAAUAAACCUCAGUGAACAUACCAAAAACACCAUCCUGACGGUCGAGGGUGUGUUACUCCUACUGUGCGUGAUGGUGCCUUCCGUUACGCUUCUCUGCAAGUCCAAACGAAUUCGUGAACUGGAGAAGAAGAAAAUGAGGAAAGAAGAGGAAAACAUAUAUCAGGGGCUCAAUUUGGAUGACUGCUGCACCACAUAUGAUCAGAUUGAACGCUCACAGGCACAUGGCCCAUAUGAAGAUGUGGGCAACAUGAAUGCGGACAACAUCCAGCUGGAAAAACCUUAAAUGAAAAUACAACAGAUAUAGAGAACCGAUUUUGAAAGAAUCGUGUGUCAGAUUCAUUAUUUUAAAUACAUAGAAGAAGGAGAAUUUUGAGGGAUUGUCUACAUAACCUGCUGUCACAGUUUAAUACCUAACAUCAUACAGCUUAUUCUGCUUUUAAAUGCUACAUUACUAAUUAAUAGAGAGAGCUACUAGCAAAAUAAAGAUCCCUCUUGAGUUUUUGGUGUCAUCAGUCUUUGUCUUCCUCAGCUGAUGAUGCUGCCAAGUUACUGAACAUAACACAGAUAAUUCUAUGGGGAUAAGAAAACUGUUAAUGAGAUUAUAUUGUCAUGAGCUUUUUGAGUAGGGAUAUCAUAUUAGAUGUCUUGCGUCUCAGUUUAUUAACCUUCUGCCAUUUGUGUGAGUGCUGCUCGAUAAAUAAACUUGAGGAAAA